UCCUCUGCUAUCAGUUGUGCUUUGGUACGUUCCGUUCGAUUUUAAGGAUCUGGCAGAGCUUUGCACUCAUCAGCAACAAGAUAAUCAGAGGGUCGAAAGAGAGAGGGGGAUACAGCGCAAAAAAGAGAACGUGUAGAAAAAUCCAGGAGAAAUACUCCGAGCAGCACAUUCAAAAUUCAUAUCAUUACAGUCAUAAUCAUAAAAUAUUUACAGUGUAUCCUGUAAACCACGUGUAUAUCGAAGAAGGCGGCGGGUUUGCAGCGGCAUUUACCGUUGAAAGUUUAGCUUACAAAUAGUGCGGCAUCCUUUGAUUUCGUUUGUAACGUGUUAAGAAUUCAGCGAAAAAAGUCUAUCUUAAAGUGCGGGGAAUCAUCAUCAAAGUAGACUCAUGCUAGAAUCUUUCACCAGCAACGCGUGGUUUCAGAGUGUCCUUUUUCAAUACUCGACGACCGGAUUAUGUAAAUGAACUUGCACUCUGUUGCGCCUUUGUUCGGGUUCCGUGCAGUGUGAUCUACGAGUUGAAUUCUUCCUCUUCUGGGCUAUCAAGCAUUCUGCUGAAAGUAAAGCAAGCAAAAAUUAAAAAAAAAUCCAAGUUCAUUCUACUCUCGAGUACCAGCACACGGAGGAAAAUCCCGAGUGAAAGAACCACCAGUAGCAUCAUUUGGAGGAGUAUUUGACAUUGGGAUUACUACCACCUAAUACCUGCUAAGAGGCGCACACAGCAUAUCUCGAAUGAUUGGAGUUUCAUCGAGAACCAUCAUGACGCUUUUAAACUUCUGUGUUCUGGCAUCCCUGUCAUCGUUGGAAACGACACAUAAUUCGAUGACAGCUGGGCAGAACGAAAACGGAAUCGAAGAAACCAUUGUUAAACAGAAAUUAUAAAGUGCCACGAGGAAAAUCUUAUACCUAACAACGUUUAGUUAAGUUUGUUACAACUAUAGUAUCUCUCCUUAAAAAGUUUCUUCCGACCCUUUUUCUAAACAAAACAGUUUUUAACUGUAUUCUGCAAGUGAUACGGACCACGAUUCCCGGAGCACAAAUUCCUACACUAUGCAACAAAUGGAAUGUUACCAAUAAGCUUGGAAAUAAUUUCAAUUAUAACUGUUCUGAUAGGGAUUAUUGUAAACGGCUAUAUACUACUUAUUGUUACCUUUACGAAGCAAAUUGCCUAUGUUAAUAAGAUUUUGCUUUUACAUUUGGGUGUAGUUAACACGUUAAUAUGUUUCACGUACCUAACCUUCUCCGUCAUGAGCCUGCUGAACUUGCUCGUUUUGGUGGAUAUCGCAUGCAUUCUGUUUGGUUUGAGCUUUAAUAUUAUGCAUUCGGUUGCACUAUGGAAUCUGUGCGCGUUAAACUUUGACAGGUACUUUGCGAUUGCCUCGCCACUUCAUUACGGAGCACUAAUCAAUACCAAAAAGGUAUUGAUCGGCCUCGGCUGUGGAUGGAUCGUCUCAAUCCUGUUUGGCUUUCCGCAGCUACUCCGGGUGGCUCCGUAUCAUUACGAUGCGCGCUACGAGUACUGUCUGCCCGAUUUCAGGACCACCGGAUCACUCGUCUACAGCACCAGCCUGACGGCGUUCACCAUAUUUCUUCCAAUCAUACUCAUUUUUGGAUGUAAUAUGAAGGUACUCAUGAUCGCGCGCUACCAGAGACACCGUAUCGCAUCGGCAAUACUGGAAGUAACACUAUCAGCUCAACUGACAAUCACGCACCAGCGAAAUCCAUUCUUUAUACCGAGCUUUACCAGUGCGAUUCAAAAUCCCGCUGGCCUUAAAAUUCACGCCCACAGUCCAGUGUCGAACAUUUUCCAAUUGGUGGGAUCCAUCAUCUUUAUCUACUGUCCUUUCUAUAUCUGUAACCUGUGGAACAAUAUCAUCGAAGCGGUUAGCGGAAAUCGAGCGUUGAGCGGAGGCGAAAAACAAAAUGUAGAGACUGAUUUAUCAAUACCAAAGAUUGUUUUACAAACCUCGGCAACUUUACUACUGUUAUCUCCGUUUGUAAAUGCGUUGUUGUAUGGGAUAAAGAAUAAGAUUAUAAGAAAAUCGUUUCACAAUUUUUGGCGAAAGCAAAAGUCCAAAAUUGAGAUACACUAUGAAAUACAGGCACGGACACCAUCGACCUGUGGUUCCAGACGGCCAUCCAUCAAUGGGGCAGGCUCAGCACAACCUUUGCUGCACCGGCAGCUGUCGGAGACGUUUCUAGAGAUUAGCAAGGCUGACAUCAAUAAUAUACAAUCAGAUAUUAAGCUAAGGUCUGAAUCGUUGUGGUCUUCGAAUUCAAAGCUCUCGAGUUACUCAGUAUUAAACAGUCCAACGGGGAAUGUGACGACGUCUAAUCUAACACCCGGUCCGCUAAACUCGGCCGAACCGAAGUUUGUCUAUCUGAAUCCAACACCGUCGACCUCAUCGGCAACUCCAUCGACAUCUCCUCAACCUCCGCCAUCAUCACCCGUGUCAUCGUCAUCGUCUGGAAUCCCUGGCCCGCAUGCUGAUACACCUGCCCCACCGAUCGCACAUUGUAGUAGUACCAAUAGUAAUAAUACUAGCAGCAGCGGCAGCAGUGGUCCCUCCAAGAUUGCCUGCAAUAUCAAAAGUGCCGUCAGGCAUUAUUCAUCCCACAGUACAAAGCCAAAGAUAAAGAUAACUAAGACAUUCUCAGAGGAAAAGCAACCUUCACCGAAACACACCGGGAUCAAACAUCCGCUAGACGACAUGGCCCGACCGAAGGCCGGUCCCAGCAACACAAAGUCACUCUUCAAUUUGGGCCUCCUAGUCGACGAUAACCUUCUGAUGGAGUCCUCGUCCGGUGUCGUCCAUCAUCAGCGAGCAGCGGCGGACAAAAAGGCAGAUGACAUUCCGAUUCCGUUGGCCCCGCAGAGGACAAUCAAUUCGUCUCCGUUCAAAAAGUAUUCUUCACUACAAGAAAUAUCAAUUACUAGUACUACGGCCACUAUUUGUGAUAUCCUGAAAUAAGAGGGUGGCCACAGCGUGAGGUGGACUGGGUCGAAACUGGUCGAUUUUUUAUUUUCAUAGAAAAUAUAUGAGCUUUCACAUUCAAAUGAAGAAUCCAAAGUUUGGAACUAUAAAAGGCACUCUUUGAUGCUUUCAGUUACUUUUUGGAGAAGAAUGAAAAUCUAUCUGAAAUAUUAAAUAGAUUAAUAGAGAGAGAUUAUUGCAUUUCUUAUUGAGAAAAAGUAGUAGAGUAGAGGUCAAGAAAACAUGCGUAGUACCAGAAACAAUAUUUUUUAUCCUUAUUUACAUAAGCAUUGUGAUUCUAACUAAAUAUUAUAUAGCGGAGUUAAUAUGUAAGUGCAUAAGUCCAAAGUCUAGGAAUCGUUAAAUCAACCGAUACACUAAGAGCAAGUUCACUGGUGUUGGGUAAAAGUGGUAGAAAUUUUGACACUUACGGCACAUUUUGAAAAUUUUGCCAUGUAAAAACAUUUUCAAGAUCUGUGGCCUUCUAGUUUUUUAACAACACGUGUUGUAUUUUCGCAUGCUGUGAUGCAAAAAUAGCAAUAUUUCUAUAUCAUACGGCUGAAAUAGAAACAGUGUUGUAAAAAAAUACAACGCCCUAAGAUCUUGAAAACAUUUUUGCAUGGUAAAAUUUUCAAAAUGUCAAAAUUUCUACCACUUUUUCCCAACACCAGUGAACUUGCUCUAACGAGUUGGAAAUAUGACACCUUUGCACAACCUUAGGUUUCAAAAAUUAAACAAAGUGUAACAAUGUUACACUGUAACAUAGAAGAACACUCUCGAAGUAUACACUCAUGCUUUUUUACCUACUUAGGCUCUAACUAGAAAGAAAAAUUGAUCGCUCACAAUGUACCCGAUUAAAAAGAAAUAACUUGCGAAAUGAUAUUAACAAGUCUAACAAAGAUAACAGAGAUUUAGAUUCACAUUUUAACUGAAAAUUAUUUUCGUAGUAACCAAGAAAUUUUUUUUUUCAUUUUUGAUAGUACUAAAUUCAGGCUUUUUUAUACAAACCAUGAUUCACCAAUAUGACUCAGUCCACCAGUGAAAAAUGAACGGCCAAUUAAAACCAAAAAGAAAUAAUCAUCUAGCAAAGGAUUCUUAGAAUGUCACGUUGAGUAUUGUAAUACCAAAAAAAACCCAUAGACUUGUUACUAGUUAUAGAUGAAUGUUGAGCAAAGCCCCCCACCCCAAAACAAAAGAAAAGUUCGCAUCUCACUAGACAUUUAACUCUGCAAACAUGGAAAAAGUUAAAAAGUUUAGAUGAACAAAAAACCAAAGAUGAAAAUCUAGUCAUUGAGGCG